AUGCUUACGGUAAGUGCGCGCAGUAGAGUUAAAGUGCCGGUGCCGCUCUAUUGACUUGUAUCUAGUUGACUUGAACACCAUACUUUUAGAUCUAGUCUCCAAUGUCCAUUGACCAAGUAAUUUUAAAAGAUUGAAGCACCUAUAAUAGUAGAGAAGUUCGUCACAGAUGGUGAUGCCGACUACGCUGUUUAUCAUUGUUGCACAAUCGCUGUUUAUCACUGUUGCACAAUCGUGACCUUUCCAGCUUCAGUUCUGCAAUCUAAAAGGGAAACAAAGAAACCAAUGGUGAAGGAAAUGGUGUUGCAAGAGAAUGGUUCAGUUGAAAGGGAAAAUGGAAAUAAAGAUUUGAUAAGUUGCAUGGAAACCUUGUUAGAGAGUGUGGAGCUUCCCUUAGUGUCAAGUUGUUGUAUCUACAAAGUACCUCAGAAAAUUCGCAAAGUAAAUGAAGAAGCCUACACUCCUAGCAUUGUUUCCAUUGGCCCAUUUCACUAUGGAGACAAGAGAUUGGAAUCAAUGGAAGAGCUCAAGCUGAGAUACCUCAAGAGUUUUCUUGAAAGGACUCAAAAGGGGUUAGGAGAUUGCAUAAGAUACAUAAAAAAUUCUGAACAAAUUAUUAGAAGUAGUUACUCAGAGACCAUUAAACAAAACAGUGAUGAUUUUGUGAGGAUUGUUUUAACAGAUGCAUGCUUCAUAAUUGAGAAUUUUAUAAGAUCUCUAGAGUGGCCACAAGAAGAUCCUUUGUUAUCCAAACCAUGGUUGAGAUGCGAUGUGAAGCUUGAUCUGAUAUUGCUUGAAAAUCAACUUCCAUGGUUUGUUCUUGAAGAGUUGUUCAACCUGACAGAACCUAUUUCCAAUGGAGAGGUUUCCUCAUUUAUUGAAGUUGCUUUUCACUAUUUUAGGGUCCAUUUCCUACAAAGCAUAUUACCCGGAGUAGAUAGUAGAAACUUCACCUUCAAAUAUUUUCAACAGCACUACCAACAGUAUAUAAUGAAGCCAGAUCAAGUUAGUAUGCAAUUGCAAAACCUAACUGAUCUACUUAGGAUCUUUUACUUGCCACCUAAUAGGUUACCAAAAAGAGAAAAAAAAACAGUGAAACAUCUAUAUAGUGCAAGCCAGCUAUUGGAGGCAGGUGUGAAGCUCAAUGUUGAUCAAGGCAAAAGUGCACCUGAGUUACAAUUUGCAAAGGGUGUGUUGACAAUACCAAGAUUUGAAGUUUGUCACUGGACUGAGAUUCUCAUUCGAAAUGUGGUUGCAUUUGAGCAGUGUCAUUAUCCAUUUCAGACCUACAUUACUGAUUACAUAAUCCUCCUGGAUUUCCUCAUUGACACUAGCCAGGAUGUUGAUACACUUGUUGACAAGGGAAUCAUGAUUAACACAUUGGGAGAUAGUGGUGCAGUUGUAAAUAUGGUUAACAGUUUGUGCCUAAAUGUUGUCCAGGAAAAUGUUAAUGAUACCUAUGUUUAUCUCUGUAGGAAACUGAAUCACUUCUAUGAGAACCCUUUCCACAGAUACAAGGCAACCUUUAUGCAUGACUACCUCGGCACUCCUUGGAAAAUAACAUCUUUCAUAGCUGCAAUUGUAUUGCUUAUGCUUACUCUAAUUCAAGCCAUAUGUUCUAUUAUCUCUUUAUUUGACCAAAAAUAAAGAGACUUUAGGUCAAAACUUUUGUACUCUCCAUUCUUAAAUAACAUUAUAGUAUUAACUUUUCUUUCAUAGAGUAAGAUAAAGUAAAAGAAUGGUACCACUAAUGUAAUGAAAAAAUAUAUAUGUUACGUGUAGAUCAUAGAUCGGAUUAGGUGACCAGGUAUUGACCUUUAUCCGUCGAAUCAGGAUGAGGCAUCGGUGGAAUUUCACUUUUAUUAAUCUUGGUAUACAUUUGGCUCAGGUUGACUGAAAUUAAGGUUGAAAAGGCCGUCUAACAAAGGCUCAUAGUCUAGUUUUUACGAGGAGGACUUAUAGUGUAGUUUACAGCAGUUUCAUUGAGAACUAAUUUCCAUUGAGGAACUUAGCUGAUCACCUUUAAUAAGUCUCAUCUUUCAA